CUUCCGGUUUGUUAUUUUCACCCAACAAAUUUAGUAUCUAAAUACACCCCACUUCCAGGAUCCUCAGAGCGCUCUCUCUCUCCCCCUUCCAAGUACAAAAGGCGGCAGUCUUGUGAAAGAGAUCGGCGACCCACGUUAGCUUUCCGAUCUCCACCGCCACCCCCCUCCGCCGCCGCAUCCACCCCCCAUCUUCCGAUCUCUCUCUGCGAUUUCGAAGUCGCCGGCAAUCGCUUUUUUUUUCUCGGUCGGAAAGUUGUAAGGAGUUGGAUCUCGCGCGGAUUUCGCAUCAUCAAGAAAGGAAGUUGAUAAUACUGAUAUCAAGCGAGAAGAAGCGAACGCAGGGAGCAAGAAGUGGAAGGAAGAGAGAGAGAGAGAGGACAAGUGGCGGAUACUGAGGCAGUGCAGGAAAAAGCUCUGCCCGUGGUUUCGGUCCAUUUGUUUUGUUACCAUUCGGCUACCAAGCGGGUUUGUUGAGGAUCUGCUGUUGAUCUCGGUGGAUUCUUCAGCCUUCGGUUUGAUCAAUUUGUUUGGCAUGUUUGAGUGUUUCUUCGAAUUCAUUGAUCAAAGAUCUUGGGUAUCCCCCCCUGUUGAAUCCGCUGGUUGUUUUAUGUUCAUGUUUCGAUCUAUUGUUAUUCAACAUGAUCCUAGAACCAAGAAGACCUAUUUUACUGAGUCUGUCUGCUAGUGAAUAAGUGCUAGAUUCUUUGUGGAGAAGAUGAGGGGAGCUGUAUUGGUUGCAAUAGCUGCUUCGAUCGGUAAUCUAUUGCAGGGAUGGGAUAAUGCUACUAUCGCUGUGGCUGUUCUUUAUAUUAAAAGGGAAUUUAACUUGGAGAGUGAACCAACUAUGGAGGGGUUAAUUGUAGCCAUGUCACUCAUUGGGGCCAUGAUCAUUACAAUGUUCUCCGGGGCAAUAUCAGAUUGGGGUGGUAGGCGUCCCAUGUUAAUUGUCUCAUCCAUCUUCUACCUCUUUAGUGGUUUGGUCAUGUUAUGGUCUCCCAAUGUAUGUAUCCUACUCUUGGCAAGGCUUAUAGAUGGAUUUGGGGUUGGCUUGGCAGUCACUCUUGUUCCUGUGUAUAUAUCAGAGACGGCCCCACCAGAGAUAAGGGGAUUGUUGAAUACCCUUCCACAGUUCACUGGUUCUGCAGGAAUGUUUUUGUCGUACUGUAUGGCUUUUGGAAUGUCGUUAAUGGUUCAACAUGACUGGAGAGUGAUGCUUGGAGUUCUCUCUAUUCCUUCUCUUUUUUAUUUUGCCUUGACAAUAUUCUUUUUGCCGGAGUCACCGAGGUGGCUUGUGAGCAAAGGGCGAAUGAUGGAGGCCAAACAAGUUCUGCAGAGGUUGCGUGGAAGAGAAGAUGUGUCAGGAGAAAUGGCUCUUCUAGUUGAAGGUUUGGGAGUUAGUGGGGAGACAUCUAUUGAAGAGUAUAUAAUUGGCCCUGCUAACAAGCUUCCUGAUGACCAAGGACCAACUACUGAGAAAGAUAAGAUCAUGUUAUAUGGCCCUGAAGGGGGUCUCACCUGGGCUGCGCGGCCUGUAACUGGAGGGAAUCUUCUUGGAAGUGCUGUUGGCCCUGUCUCCCGCAAUGGAAGUAUGAUCAACCAGGGCAUUCCUCUUAUGGACCCUGUGGUCACUCUUUUUGGAAGUGUCCAUGAGAAAUUACCUGAAAUGGGUAGCAUGAAUAGUAUGUUGUUUCCAAAUUUUGGCAGCAUGUUUAAUAUGUUUGAGCAUCAACCCAGAACUGAGCAGUGGGAUGAAGAGAGUGCUCAAAGGGUGAGUGAGGGUUAUGCAUCCGAUGCUGCAGGAGGUGAUUCUGAUGACAACUUACAGACUCCACUACUCUCUCGCCAAACAACAAGUAUGGAAGGGAAGGACAUGAACCUGCCACAUACUUUUAGUGGGAGUGCUUCACAUAUGAGACGCAGUAGUAUUCUCCUGCAGGGAAAUGCUGGGGAGGCUGUUGGUAGAAUGGGUAUUGGCGGAGGAUGGCAACUGGCCUGGCAAUGGACAGAGAGAGAAGGUGUAGAUGGGACAAAGGAAGGAGGAUUCAAGCGAAUCUAUCUGCGCCAAGAAGGUAGCCCUGGGUCGUGGCGAGGUUCCCUUGUUUCACUUCCCGGAGUUGAAGUCCCAGAAGAAGGCGAGUACAUUCAAGCUGCUGCAUUAGUGAGCCAGCCAGCUCUUUAUACCAAGGAACUCAUGGGCCUGCAUCCGGUAGGCCCAGCAAUGAUUCACCCAUCAGAAACAGCUACUAAAGGGCCAAGGUGGGGAGAUCUUUUUGAAGCAGGAGUAAAACAUGCACUCAUUGUUGGGAUUGGAAUGCAAAUUCUUCAGCAGUUUUCUGGCAUUAAUGGGGUUAUGUAUUACACCCCUCAAAUUCUUGAGCAAGCAGGUGUUGAAGUUCUCCUUGCAAACUUUGGCAUUGGUUCUGAUUCAGCAUCGAUCCUUAUCAGUGCUCUCACUACAUUGUUAAUGCUCCCGUGCAUAGCUGUUGCCAUGAGGCUUAUGGAUGUCUCUGGCAGAAGGAGUCUUCUGCUGGCUACAAUACCUGUAUUGAUAGUAUCCCUCAUUGUAUUGGUUGUGGUGAACUUGGUGCAUAUGGGAACCAUGGUCCAUGCUGUUCUUUCCACCUUCAGUGUUAUCAUCUACUUCUGCUGUUUUGUCAUGGGCUUUGGCCCCAUCCCCAACAUCCUCUGUGCAGAGCUUUUCCCAACUCGGGUCCGUGGUGUGUGCAUAGCCAUCUGCUCACUCGCAUUCUGGUUUGGAGAUAUCAUUGUCACCUAUACCCUCCCUGUGAUGCUAAAUACUACUGGACUUGCUGGUGCGUUUGGGAUCUAUGCUGUUGUUUGUGUCAUAGCGUUGGUGUUUGUUUUCCUCAAGGUUCCUGAAACGAAAGGUAUGCCCCUCGAGGUCAUUAUUGAGUUCUUUAGUGUCGGGACUAAGCUGGCAGCAAGGAAUUAACUCAUUUAAACGAUUUCAAUGCCAAUGGGAAAGCCAUCAUCCUCAGAAAAGGAACGAAGUCUAAAGGAGUUCAGAAACAGAUGAAAGAUGCCACUUUGUUUGGCAUUUUUUUUCUUUAUUGAGAGCAGGAACUUGGGAUACUUUUUCCCCUAUCUUUGCAGAGGCAUUACAAUCUUUUUCUUUUUGUGAUGUUUGUUAUUUUUAAGCUCCGAUGCUCUUUUCUUUUCCCCCUUUCCAUGGGAGGAGUUAACUCUGCUAGAAUUAGAUCUGUUUUGGUGCUGGUUUGGUGUCUCAGCGAGGCAAGUCUUGCUCAUCAGUUGUAACUUCAGCAAAAGAUUGCAUGAGAAACAUUUGUAUGAUAAGCAUGAUGUUGAUGGGUUUUUUUUUAUAAAGAAAAUGGUAUGGAGCUUUUCCACUGGAGCCUUAUCCA